AUGUCGACCUUGAACCACGAUUCUCCUCGGCCCAGAAGCCCCGAGAAUGACAACCAAGGAGGCGGGAAGAAGGAACUCCUCCUAACCUCUCUUCAUCAUCAUCAUCAUCAUCAUCAUUCACUGGAGAAAGAGAAGGCCCGGGAUAAGGACGAUAAAGAUUCGGAGGGAGAGAAGAAAGUGAACGGCCGGAAGAAAAAGAAGACCCGGACGGUGUUCUCUCGCAGUCAGGUCUUCCAACUGGAGUCCACGUUCGACAUGAAACGGUACCUGUCGAGCUCGGAACGGGCAGGUCUGGCUGCUUCCUUGCACCUCACUGAGACCCAGGUAAAGAUCUGGUUCCAAAACCGACGGAACAAGUGGAAGCGUCAGAUCGCGGCAGAACUGGAGGCGGCAAACUUGGCACAAGGAUCCCAACGUCUGGUCCGAGUCCCCAUUCUCUACCACGAAGGGAAUGCGGGGCCCACUGGGACCACGGCUACCCCUCCAUCCCCUCCUCCACCACUUCCCGCAGUUCCCUCUUGUACGAAUUCCCCAUUCCCCCAGCUGUACUUCCCAUCUCCUGUUACCAGUGUAUCUUCGCCUGGUGGGAUCCACCAUAGUGUUUGA